UUCCCUGGAAAGCCAGCAUUGUUUCCCACAACAAAACCUGGAGUGUGAUAGACAGGAGCCUCAGUCUCCUGCCGGUGUGGGACAUCAUCAUGUCCAAUCACAGCGGUUGUUUUAAAGAUGCGAGCAGAAUCUGCACUGCUCUCUCAGAGGUGUACAAUCACAGAGCAGCUGAUGUUGUGGAGAGUGGGCCUGAUGACCUCACCAAGUACCCAAAGCAUGAGGAAGAAAAGCCUAUGUCAACUGAGACAUGGGAAAACAGAAACAAACCACACUGUGCUACCAGAGAUCAAAGUGUUAAAAAACCUCUGAAGACUACGAUAGAAAGACCUAGAAACAAGUUAGUUUCAAAGACACCACAAACACAGAAAGACAAAUGCAGCGAGCUGGUCUGUAGGCUGGGACUAACACGGUUUUAUCCCAGUAAAAUGUCAACAUCUGAUGUUCUUGCAAUCAGCAGAUCUCCAUUACUGAAGGACAAGCCUCUGGAAGAGCAGGACCUGUCUUCUGCUUUUCUACAGAAGCUGUUGAUGCUGGAUUACAGAGCCAGACAUGUGACAGUCAAACAGGAGAGCAGUGAGGGGAGAAGCUUUCAAUCUGGGAAGGCAGGAAAGGAAAGUGAUUUCAGCAGCUUUUUAAAUACAGGAAAAAGACCCAGCACUGAUAAUGUGACAGGACAGCUUGUCCAUAUUCACCCGAUGGAUGUCCAGAUGGCUCUUCUGUACUGUGCAGACAGUUUCCUGAGGCAGUACAUGGUGACCAAGCUGUGCUUCUGUCAGUACGCCCUGCCACUGCUAGUGCCCAGUCCUGUCACUGGAGAGAUCGAGUUCCCACUGUGGACAUUCCAACAGCUUCAGAAGAGCUGGAAGACAGUGGACAGCUCAGGCAAUGUCACCAGCAGGACCCUGCCUGUCUAUCAGGUGGAGGUCCCAAUGGUGUCCUUCUUCAGGCUUGGCUCUGUAUCCUCUUCCAAAUCCCAGAUCCUGAACUCUCUCAUCAGCACACAGAGACACAACACGUUCUUCCACAGACACUGCCCAGGUAGCAGCAGGAGCCGUCUCUUGCUGGACGGGCUUGUGGAAAUCGCCUGGUACUGUCCUGCAGGGAGGAGUGAUGAUGUUUUUCAGGACUGUGUUGCCUUCUGUAACCUGCGUGGAGAUGCAGGAGAACACAGGAGGCAGAGGGAGUUUCUAGUUGGUGCUGCAGCUGUCAAUGUCGUCCUCCUGGCUGAUCUUGACCUUGAUGACGAAGGCAGGGACAUCUUACAGGAGCUCUUCAUCUCCCCCAGGCCUCUGAUCUGCCUGCUUGCUGAAGAAGACACACCUCUAACUGGAGUUUCUGGGAACAAGUUUAAAAUAGGACUCAAGGACAGAAAUCAGGCUGAAAUUGUUGGAGAGUUGACAGGGACUAUCAGCAAUUGUCUGAAAGGCACAAAUAACAAGUUCAGUCUUGAGGAAUGCUCUGGUGUUGCUAGGGGCUGUGGGUUCAGGGUUGAUGAAGACAGUGAGGAGUGUCAGGGAGGGAAGGCCAGUGCCCUGGAGGUAACACAGCUGCUGAAGAAUGUGGACAUUUCCAAAAUCAAGGAGACCUUCCUGCCCUGUCAGGGAAAACUGUGGCAUGACUGGUGCCAGAAGAACAAAGAUCUUCAUCGCUUACAUGGCAAAAUUGAACAGACCAGGAGUGAAAUACUGCAGGAAAUAAAAAAAAUAAGAAAAAAGCAAAGAGACGCUGGACUCAGCGAACUGAUGAAAAUGUAUCUAAAAAAACUGAACUCACACAAAAUGACACAAAAAAUGUACUUCCUGAAGUGGCUGGGAGUACUUAUAGAUGAUCACUGUUCAGAUCAGCUUUCACAGCUACAUCACCAAUAUGACGCCAAAUGGACAGAGGUGUUGACUUUAAAAAAGAAACAUGACAAAUCAGAAGAGCUGAACAGAAGACAGAGAGAACUGGAGUCACUGUCAAAGCGGCUGAAUGAAGCGACUUUUGGGCUGGAGCACCUUCUGAGAGAGAUGGGUCAGAUUUAUGAAGCCUGGGAAUCCCAGCCUGGAGAAACAGGGAAGGAAGUUUCCUCUUUCCCUGCCCUGGCUGCAGAUCUCCUGAUCGCUGGGAAUCCACUGGAACUGAUGGAUGGAGACGCUGCUCAUGUCCCUCUGAGGUGGAUAGACUCAGUCCUGGGCAAAGUGGUCGAGAGACUGGGAGACCAGAGAGUCUUUGUGCUGUCAGUGCUGGGCCUUCAGAGCUCGGGGAAGUCCACCAUGCUGAACGCCAUGUUCGGCCUGCAGUUUGCGGUCAGUGCUGGCAGGUGCACCCGGGGGGCUUUCAUGCAGCUGGUCAAGGUGAAGGAGGAGCUGAGAGAGGAGCUCAAGUUCAAUUAUGUUCUGGUUGUGGACACCGAGGGGCUAAGAGCCCUAGAGCUUGCUGGGAAAUCCACCAUCCAUCAUGACAAUGAACUGGCCACAUUCGUCAUCGGUCUUGGAAACAUGACCCUGAUUAACAUAUUUGGAGAGAACCCUGCAGAGAUGCAGGACAUCCUGCAGAUCUCAGUCCAGGCGUUUCUCCGAAUGAAGCAGGUGAGGCUGAGUCCCAGCUGCAUGUUUGUUCACCAGAACGUUGGGGAGAUCACAGCUGGAGAGAAGAACAUGGAGGGGAAGAGACGACUGCAGGAGAAACUAGACGAAAUGGCUCGUUUAGCGGCGAAGGAAGAGGUGUGUGACGUGGAGUGCUUCAAUGAUGUCAUCAGGUUUGAUGUGAAGACAGACGUUCACUACUUCGCACAGCUCUGGGAAGGAAAUCCUCCGAUGGCUCCUCCUAACCCCCGGUACAGCGAAAAUAUUCAGGAACUCAAGCAGGCGAUUCUCUCCACUGCAUCACAGCAGAAAGGCUUGAACCUGUCAGAGUUCAGAAUCAGGAUUCAGGAUCUUUGGAAAGCACUGCUGAAUGAAAACUUUGUUUUCAGCUUCAAGAACACCCUGGAGAUCUCAGCAUACAGGAAACUGGAGGUCAUGUAUGGAAACUGGACCUGGAAACUCAGAAGCCACACGCUGGCCAUCGAGAACAAGCUGCACAACAGGAUCGAGAAUGGACAAACACAGUCAGUGAACAAACACAACCUGCUUCAGGACAUGAAAGAGGCUUAUGAAAGUAUCCAGAAAGAGGUGGAUCAGUAUUUCAAUGAUGAUAAAGACAAGGAGAUCUUGGUUCAGUGGAAAGCAAAAACUGAGCUGAGAAUCCAGGAGCUGAAGGAUGAGCUGAUUGAGGGAACGAGAAGGAAAUUUGAUGAGCUGAUCCAGCUGAAGAAAGGCUGUAGAAAUCUGGAUGAUCAGAAGACUCAGUAUGAAAACGAGCUGUUCAACAGGAGCAAAGAGGUGGCUCACACACUGAAGCACAAGGCUAGCAAUGAACACGAUCUGAAGAGAGAGUUUGAUUUAGUCUGGAAGAAAUGGGCAUCAGAUAUAACAUCUGCCAUGCCAGACAUUAAAGACAUCAACAUACAGGAGGAUGUGAUGAAGAUCCUGACACAGAUGUUUGAAAGUCAGCUUGUGUAUUCUAACAAGAAUCAUGGUCUUUAUAAAAAAAUCUGCUACCUGUCAGAUUAUGCUGACUAUCUUAUAAUAAACAAACACAAAUAUACACCUGGAUUCAUGAGUUAUCAACUAAAGUCUACAGAUCAUGAUGAAAUUAAACGUUUAGUGCAGGACCUAGACAGAAAGGCUGAGGAAUACAUUAAAAAGAAGCAUAUGGCUAAGAUGGGUUACAGUGAAAGUUACAUACAGGAGAUUGUAAAUGAUGUUUUGGAACGUAUCAAAGAUUUUGAAUCAAACACCAAAAAAUAUGUGUUUAAAAAAGAAUUUAAAGUUGAUGUUUCACUGUAUGUGUGUGGCAUUGCAGUACCGAAGUUCACUGACCUUCACAGAGCAUUCAGGGAGGCUAAUGACCCUCUGACUCACCUGAACAGUAAGAAAGGAGACUAUUACAGCAUCUUCAGGAAGUUCUGUCAAGGUGCAACAUCCACCACUGUGUUUGCAGACUUUCUGUGCAGCAAACUGAAGCCGUCACUCCUGCAGGCUGUCUAUGACAGAACAGCCAUUGACGUGGCUGGAGACAUGAGGGCCAAUUUCCCAGAAUUCAGUGGGAACAGGUCUAACCUGGAGAAGCACAUCCUGAGGGCGCUGGCGGAAGAGGAGAACUUUGACAAGUUCAUGACUUACAUCAUUCACCCAAGGAAAUACUUCAAAGAAUUCAUAACCCAGUGUGUUUUGAAGUGGUUCUUUACAAAGAAUUCCACUGUGAUCAAGUUGUUCGAAGAAAACUUGGAUCAGCAGCAGUCCUGUAUAGCUGCUGCAGUUUCAAGAGCAACAGGUGAUGUGAUGUCGAGGAAAGGGAAUAUGGACACAUGGCUGGAAACAUUUUCCAACGAACUCAAAGACAAUCUGAAAUUCAGUGAGAACGACCUGAAAGGUGUCCAGUACCAGGACAUCAGUGACUUUGACUUCCUUCAGAAAGCAAUGACUGAUGCUCUCCAGAAGGUCACUGAGGGUUUAAGGAACGGCUUCAGCCUCUCUUCAGUUGACAUGGGGAAGUUCAGGGAGAAGCCGGAUGAGAUCCUGUUCAGGCAGCUGUGUGGGUGCUGGGCUCAGUGCCCCCUCUGUAAAGCCAUCUGUACCAGCACCAUGGAAGGACACCCUGGGGACCACAGUGUCCCCUUCCAUCGGCCUGAAGGGGUUAAGGGGUUAAAAUGGUAUCAAACAGACAAUCUCUCUGUUGACAUCUGCACCUCUGCAGUUGCAAGUGAUCAUUUAAUAGUACUAGAUGAUGGUCAAAGACGUGUUCCUUACAAGAGCUACAGAGAAGCUGGUCCAAAAUACGCCUGUUGGAGCAUCACCCCUGACUGCUCUGAGCAGCCCUACUGGAAAUGGUUUGUGUGCCGAUUUCAGGAGGACCUGGAAAAGUAUUACUCCAGGAAGUUUCAAGGAAGAGGUGUGAUUCCCCAGCAGUGGAGGGAGAUCACAAAACAAGAAGCUCUAACAAGCCUAGAAGAGUAGCUCUGGCCAGUGUGUGUGCUGUCCUGGCUCCUCUGGUCUGCAUCAGUGGGGAGAGAAAGCUGGACCUGAGCUCACUGUUCUCUCUGCUGUGCACAGUUAACACCAGCACAGCUGCAGGGCCUGAGGUCCUGCUGUCACCCUGUCGCAUGAUGCUCUGUUGUUAUAAGUGUUGAAUCCACUCAUGAGUCUUUUUAAAUGAUUUAGAUCUGAUUCACAGACUAAUUCUUUAACUUGUAAUAGCAGUGAUAGUAGCUUUUUUCGUGUAAUAAUCACUUUAAAUCACUCUUGCUAUGGAAAAUAUACCAUUUUAUAAUAAUGAGGUGCAUUUAAAUCUUCUUUACUGUAGAACAAUAAACUCAUAAAAUUA